UUUCCAGGUGCAAAUGGACUUCGGCGGAGAGGCAGACAGACGUAUACACGUUACCAAACCCUCGAAUUGGAGAAGGAAUUCCACACGAAUCACUACCUGACGCGGCGGCGACGCAUCGAAAUGGCGCACGCACUGUGUCUGACGGAACGUCAGAUUAAAAUCUGGUUCCAGAACCGCAGGAUGAAACUGAAGAAAGAAAUCCAAGCGAUCAAAGAACUAAACGAACAAGAAAAGCAGGCGCAGGCACAAAAAGCAGCGGCGGUGGCCGCGCAGGUCGGUCAGGACCCAAACUAGUCGCAAUCGCGCAACGACUUCUCCGCUAACGUUCAUUUUUCUCACAAAUAGACGCAUUUUAAUUUUCUGUAGCGUUUUGUUCGGUUUGUAGCGCGGUCGUCGAAUGAGCGCGCCUCUCUGAAUGAACGCACCGCCCGCCGCAAUUCUGCUUCGUUUGGGCAACGAAAUCAAU